UUGGUGUAUUGUGUUGCAGUAUAAACAAAAAACAGUUUUCUAAAUUGACUCUUUAAUAAUGUAUUAUUGCAAAGCUAUCUUCACUACUUCACUUUUGGCGUUUUUAUUCGCUACUCCGAUAUCUGCAGGUAUCACUGAGGAGCAGAUGUGGGCCACUGCCAAGUUAAUGCGAGAUGUGUGCUUACCAAGAUUUCCGAAAAUUAACAUCGAACUCGCAAAUCAAUUGCGCGACGGCAACAUACCAGACAACAAUAAAGAUGUUAAAUGCUAUAUUAAUUGUGUUUUAGAAAUGAUGCAAACGAUGAAAAAGGGUAAGUUCCUGUACGAAGCGUCGUUGAAGCAAGUUGAUUUAGUUUUACCCGACUCUUACAAAGACGAUUACCGCGCGGGUCUACUGAAAUGCAAGGACGCAAGUGCUGGCAUAAAGAAAGACAACUGUGAAGCGGCAUACACAAUACUGAAGUGUUUGCGUGGUGAAAUUAAACAAUUUAUAUUCCCUUAAAAAGUGUCGAAUUGCGUGCCUUAUUUAUUAUAUAUCUCUAAUAAGUGCUAAAUAUGACUUUUGCUAUAUAUUACAAUAAAAACUGUCGCAUAAUUAAUUUUUUUAUUUGCCUCUAUUCAUACACAUACCCCGUAUGAAAAAAAUCAAAUGCAAGUUUGACAC